AUGACCCGAACUUCCCCCCCGUGGGGUGUGACGUCAUCGAAGCGGCGCGAACGGUUCAGGGUGUAUCGUGGCUAUCGCACACGAAGAGAGCUUCGCGGAUUUGGUUUAUCGGCUUCAACACGAUGGGCGGAGGCAUUUCGCGAAGCCCAGUGGCACCGACUUCAUCAACCCGCAAAUACUCGAGUCGCGUCCGCAGAUGAGGGUUUCAACCAAGCGCGACGAAAUUGGCAACGAGCGGUCAGUGUCGCUAAACGAGCUGGCGGCGAUGAUGACCGUGUUUCGGGGUCUCCGUCCACCAGAUCCCGGUCCACCCACAUUGACGAGAUUUCACCGAGGGCAACCGCUAAGACGAUGGAUUUGAGAUAUUUCCUGGAAAUGGUGGAUCUCAAACAUCGACAUGGGAGUAAUUUGCGCUCAUAUCACAACUAUUGGCAGAAUUCGCCAUCCAACCAAAAUUUCUUCUACUGGCUCGACUAUGGCGAAGGAAAGAAUUUGGAACUGGAGCAAUGCCCACGAGAGAGGCUUGAGAAACAGCAAGUUCGCUAUCUCACCCGCGAGCAACGUAUGAAUUACCUAGUCACGGUGGACGAUGCUGGGUUGUUCCGGUGGGCCAAAAGCAACGAGCUAGUGUGGACAAAUAGCACACGCUUCAAAGACAGCCUUGAGGGGAUCGUAGCAAUGGAACAUGAUGCACCAGAAUUUAUUGGAAACCAAACCACCGCGGAAUUUGCAUCUAUCUCAAGCUCUUCCUCAUCGCCAUCAUCUUUGUCAUCUUCUACAAAGAGCAUUGGCAGUGUGUUGUCCAACGAGGAGACCAAACCUUUCACCAAGGAGGAGUACAAGGCUGCGAAAGUGAUGAAGAAAGUCCUUCAUGCAACCCCAACUACUGCAUUCAAGCGAAUGGUCGGCCGGUCCACCGAAAAAGAAAACAUGUGGAUUUUCGUCGCAGACAGUUCUUUUCGCUUAUACAUUGGAAUAAAAAAAUCAGGAGCCUUUCAGCAUUCCUCAUUUCUAAGAGGUGCUCGCAUCGCCGCAGCUGGAAUGAUCAAGGUAAAACACGGCCAAAUACGUAGUUUGGCACCGCUGAGACCCCCAGCCGCCAACUUUCGGGCAUUCCAUCAUGCCCUUCAACAACAAGGGGUGGAUAUGUCACACGUCUCUAUGAGCAAGUCCUAUAUGAUGCUCGCUGGAAUUGAAGGUUACACUAAAACAAAACGAAAAUUCCGCGCAAUUCACGGGAAAUUGGACCAGCAUGAACCAGCCGUCUCUAAGCCUCCCGAAUGA